AUGGAACCGUAUCAGGAUUCUGAGAGUAAUUCAGACACACAUUUGGGAAUACUGAAUGGAACAAAUACGACAACAGAUAUAAUGGACUAUAAUGGCGGUGGAAUGGUUAUUCCAACAUAUAUGUACAUACUUGUGAGUUUAGUUAAUUCAAUCAUAUUUAUAAUUGGAACGUUUGGAAAUAUUUUAGUUAUAAUUGUUGUGUUAAAAGUUCAAGAGAUGCGGACACCAACAAAUGUGUUCUUGCUCAACCUUAGCGUUGCUGAUGUUUUUGUGCUUCUUGUGUGUCAACCAGCUGGGCUUCUGGAGUUUUUUGGGAAGGAUAGAUGGUUUCUAGGAGAAUUCAUGUGUAAGGUCGUGCCUUUGUUGGAGAACGGCGUUCUACAUGUCUCUAUUCUAACAAUGAUAGCGGUGACACUAGAGCGAUACAUUGCAUUGUGCCAUCCUUUCAGUAAUAGAAUGUCUUACACUUUAUCUUCAACCGUCAAAAUAACAGUAUGCAUCUGGAUAGUUGGAUUUACCAUAGCGUUGCCUUUUCUGUACAUGACUGUACACGAAGAUGCUCUGUUCUACGACGGAAGUCCAAUAAAAGUAUGUCGCACAUUAAUUGAUGAAACAUGGCGUUAUAUUUACACAAUCGUGAUGGCACUCCUUUUCUUUGUAAUGCCUUUCUUUAUUCUAAUCGGGAUAUACUCCAAGAUAAUCAAACAACUUACGUCUGACACAUUAAAGUCAUUGUCAAAGAACGACAAAGCAACGUUAAAUAGACUGAAUUCAAGGAAGCAAGUAGUAAAGAUGCUGAUAAUUAUAAUUGUUUUAUUCUUUAUGUCAUUGUUUCCUAUACGCGUUAUCACGCUUUGGCUUAUAUUUACACCAAGCAUGGACGUCACCAAGGUUGGACUUGAGGCAUUUCUUAACAUUAUAUCAUGGGCAAGGAUAUUAAUGUAUGUCAACAGUGCGUGUAACCCCAUCAUAUACAGCUUAACCUCAUCUAAGUUCAAGAUGGCGUUCAAAAAAGUAUUGCGCCGAAAUGGUAACACUCGUUUUACAGACAGAUAUACAUCAAGGUACAAUGGAACUGCAAAUGUCCUCAGACCUGUUGUUACCUAUAGACGCACAUAUGCUGAUAGAAGUGAUGGAUCUGGUAACAGAAUGGACGAUACUGCAUAUGUCUUGAUCAAACUAACGAUAAUACCUCAGGAGAAACACGUUCAUCCUUCAUCUGGACACGAAACACCUGAAGACCAGCAUACAACAUUACGUGAACAGAAUGAAAAUAAUCCAUUGAUCAAGUAUAACACGGUGUCGAAACUGAAGGAAUGA